AUGACCACCCCAUCAAGCCCGACGGUCACGAUAGAGGUCCAGCCGCCUCCCAUCGUCCAACAAGGCAGCGCCAUCUCGCCGAAAGUCAAGGCCAAGCUGCAGUUGAGCUCAGACAGCUACCCAGGAUACGGGGUUGACAACAUAUUUGCCACGGCCGUUGUGAGAGACACGAAUGGGAACCCAAUCGACAGCUCGGAUUACCAAGGCGGCACGGACGUGCAACAGGAGCGCGCGAAGACUGCGGGGGAGGCCGAGGAUUCAAUGGGCAAGUAA